GACAUUCCAUGGAUCAACCAGACGAAACCAAAAUUCCCUAAGAAGAAGAGUAAUCAUAACUUUGAUGGUUCCCGAUAUUUUUGCAUACAAAUUUAAAGUUCGGAUUAGUUGGUGAAUUAAAUCAGUGAUUCGGUGAAUUUGUUGUGAAUAAAACCCGUGUGAAUGUUCGUGGCAGUAAUAAAUAAUGGGGAAUCAGCUGAAAUACGUUGAAAAUUAGGACAAGGUUUAUACCAAGCAGCCAAUCUGUGAAUUAAAUAAUGAUAAUGUUUGUGAAUAUUGUGUUUAUUCUUCGAAUUGUCGAUUAUUUGAAAGUGUGAUUUGAUGAAAUUUUGAUAUAUUUUUGCAUUGGAUCAUCGUGAAACAUGCCCACGUUAAUAGGAGUUUCUGAAUUUGUCGAGGAAACCAGAGAUGACUACAAUUCGCCUAUUACAUCAACAUUUGUUUCGCGAAUGCAACAAUGUAGAAAUACUAUUACCACAUUGGAAGAGACUCUUGAUUACGACAGAGAUGGGUUAAACAAAAUGAAAAAAGCUGUUAAAGCGAUUCACACAUCGGGAAUUUGCCAUGUUGAUAACGAGUCAUGUCUAGUCAAAGCCCUAGAAAAAAUAGGCCAGAAUGCAAUUACAAAAGAACAUGAAGAAACUAUAGGCAAUGCAUUUAUUAAGUUUGCCGUUGUAACGCAAGAACUGUCUGCCCUUAUGAAGACUUUAAUGCAGAAUUUGAACAAUAUCGUAAUGUUCCCCUUGGACAGUUUGUUGAAAGGGGAUUUGCGCGGAGUAAAAGGGGAUCUGAAAAGACCCUUUGAUAAAGCUUGGAAGGACUAUGAGAGCAAGUAUGCUAAAAUUGAGAAAGAGAAGAAGCAACAAGCGAAGGAAGUUGGAUUAAUCCGAUCAGAAAUUACUGCUGCGGAAAUAGCUGAUGAGAUGGAAAAAGAGCGACGUCUCUUCCAGCUGCAGAUGUGCGAAUAUCUCAUUAAAUAUAAUGAAAUCAAAACCAAGAAGGGAAUAGACUUACUUCAAAGUCUUGUGGAAUAUUAUCAUGCUCAAACCAACUACUUUCAAGACGGUCUAAAGACAAUAGAACAUUUUGGAAAUUAUGUCGCAGAUUUAAGUAUAAAAUUGCAGAAAAUCAAACAGGCUCAAGACGAAGAAAAGCGAAAGUUGACCGAUUUGAGAAAUCUCAUUAAGUCUACUCCGAAUUUGGACAAAGGAGAUCCAUGCUCUCAAUUAGACAAAGGAGCUGCAGGCUACUCACUGCAUCAAUUGCAAGGCGAUAAGCAUCAUGGGGUUACCAGAACGGGGCAUUUACUGAAAAAGUCUGAAGGAAAAAUGAGGAGAGUUUGGCAAAAAAGAAAAUGCAGAGUACAAGCCGAAGGCUACUUAGAGAUCUGCCAUGCCGAUGAAACCAAACCUCCUACAAGAGUGAAUCUACUGACGUGUCAAAUAAAAAUUGUCCCAGAUGAUAAGAGAGGAUUUGAUUUGAUAUCCUACAAUAGAACGUACCAUUUUCAAGCGGAAGACGAAGCUGAUCAGCGAGCAUGGAUGUCAGUAUUAAUAAACUGCAAAGAGAUGGCCCUAAUGAAGGCUUUUGACGACAGUGGAAAAACCGGAAGGGAUAAAGUGAAUAGUUUUAGGGAACUGCAACAGGCCAUCAUCAAGUACAUACAAAAGAUACCUGGAAAUGAUACAUGCUGUGAUUGUAAUUCGCAAAAUGAUGCAACCUGGCUUUCGACGAACUUUGGCAUUAUAGUUUGCAUAGAAUGUUCAGGAAUUCACAGAGAUUUAGGUGUACAUAUUUCUCGGAUUCAGUCUCUAACUUUAGAUAAUGUGGGAACUAGUCAGUUAGUAUUAGCUAGAUUUAUGACGAAUCAUAUGUUCAAUGACAUUAUGGAAGCCCGCUUAUCACCAAACGAUAAACCAGAUCCUUCUAGCUCAAUGGAGGAACGACUUGGUUUUAUUCGGGCGAAGUAUGUGGAAAAACGGUUUGCCAUGACAACGUGCUCCUCUGAAAGGGAAAAGCUAUUCGAGCUUGAAGAAGCUGUUAAUCGAAGCGACUUGGGCUUGUUGCUGCAAGUGUUUGCAGAAAACGUUGAUUUGGGGGCCUGCUUACCAUCAUCCAAAUGUGGUGAAACAGCUUUGCACCGAGCCAUAAUAAACGAAUCGGGUAGAUCCCUUCACAUUGUGGACUUUCUGAUUCAGAAUAUGUCGAACGCAGCUUUGGAUAAAGUCACGCAUCCAUCGCCUAUCCCGGAAAUUAGCGGCUGUGAUACCGCGUUGCAUUUAUGCGCUUUGUAUGAUAAAGUUGAAUGUAUGAAAUUACUGCUGCGCAGCGGUGCUGAUGCAAAUAUACGAAACUCGCAUAAUAAAACACCAAUGGAUAUAGCGCAGGAAUUCGGGAAUCCAACUUGUCAAGAGCUGUUGCAAAAUGCUGCUAAUAGACUGAAGAAUUACUUCGAUAACAUCAAUAUAGACUGGAAUUUAUCGCACGACGAUGGAUCUACUGAUUUUUCUGAUGAUGAAACGAUCAUUGAGGAUCGAAAUGGGUCUCUAACUCCCGAGAAGAAAAACAGGUCUCGACCACCGAGUUACUCAGCUCCCAGUGUUCAUGGUAGCAUCAAAAAGAGGGUAGCUCCUUUGCCGCCUCCCACGAAUUCGGGGCAGUACGGUACUCUCCCCAGUAGUCACAGUAGAACUCCUUCAGAUCCUAUAGCCGCAGGAUAUCAUACAUUAAAUCACACUCACAGACGUUCUCCAAGUAGCGAUUCGAGUUCGAGCAGAUCUGUGAUACCCAUUGGAAGCAAGCUAGUCAUGCCGGAUUGUAAAAAUAUAGAUAAAAUGGCAAUGUUGCGGAGGCCGCAGAAUCCUCCACCUCCCGCACCUUUGAACCGACUUUCAAAUGGCCGAUCUAACGAAAGCAUUUCUUCAAUGGCUUCAGAUCUAGACGUAUCUGGAAUGAGCCAUAAUCCAAUUCCGCCGCCCCGCAGGAGACGGAAAUGCCGUGUGGAAAGUUUUACUGAAGAGAAUGAUUCUAGUCUGGCAUCCGACUCUCCGCCACAAAGAGUGUCAUCUAGUCCGAUAUCAACAGUAUGUUCACCUCGUUCGGUGCCCCCUGGUCGUUUAUCAUACACUUCAAAUGGAGGAGCAGGUUUGAGAAGGUGUAAAGCGUUGUAUGAUUGCGCUGCUGAUAAUGAAGACGAACUAUCUUUCCAAGAAGGAGAAAUAAUUAUCGUUGUGAAUGAGCAGACAGAUGACGAUAAUUGGAUGGAGGGAGUACUUGAAAAUGAGCCUGAUAAAAGCGGUAUGUUUCCCAUAAGUUUUGUUCAUAUGCUACCUGAUUAAUGACCGCUAAGCGCACAGCUUGGAUGUAAAUAUUAAGAAGUUCAAACGUAUAUUUUUGUGUCAUGUGAUCUACGAACACGUAGGAAGCUCAGAAGCUAUAGUUCUGCUGUUAGUUGUUUGUCUAGUUCUAAUCCGUCAGAAAUUAUACGUGUGUUUGCUCAUUGUCUAUUAAAUACUGAUUAAAUUUUGCUGAAAAAAAUGAAUGCGUUUAAACAAAGCUAAUGUAAAUGUCAGCACUGUUAAUUCACCACACAUAUAACCGUUAACUUCUUAAUUCUUAUGCCAACCUUCUUUAAAACAAAGUAUUUUCUUCAUUAAAUUAAAUCCUAAUCGGCUUAGUACUUUGGGACGAAUUAUUGUCCUUGCAUUAAGGAGUUGUUCUGUAUCAUAUAUACUAUUAUUGUCUCCUGGCGGAAAAUAUAGCAGUGUAGCUAUAGUAAAAAUAAUAUAUGUAAAAAUGUAAUUACUUACUUCGUUUUUUUUACUUUACUUUUUCAUUAUUUAUUAACUUACGUGUACGUCAAGGGAAAAACCAGCGCAUCUAUAAAACUCAUAAAGUAUGAGGCAUUUUUCAGUUCUUAAAACUCAACGGGCAGUUUGAUGUAGAAUUCAAAAGCUGAUGUUUUGUGUGAUUUUUUAUAUUCAAGUAAAGAUAUAUUCUUGUACACGGUGGUUUAAGUGUGAGACUUUUCAAUUGUAACUUCAAACAAAAGAUGCGUAACAAGUCAUUUGUAGUAUUUGAUUUUUCAUCGAAGGUUAUAUCUUUAUUCGGAUCAUGUUAUUUUAUUGCCAUAUAGUUGAAUUGUGAAAGUAUUACUGUACCGAAAUAACGUAUAUUGAUAGUUUACUGUGUCUUUUACCAUGAAUACACGUUAUUUUUGUAGAAAAGCAUUAUUAUAGAUUCAUUGUGAAAUAUUUUAAAACCAAAGAUAAUAGGAAAGCUAUCUGACCAGUUUUCUUUAAUUGCUUAUUGUAAAAACUGAAAUAAAAUUAUAAUACCUAUAUCUGACUGGUUUA